AAUGAACAGGUAUUGUCUAGGAAUGUUUCCAAAUAUUCAAGUGACGUUAAGCCCAUUAUAUCGGAUUGAGGUGGCGCGAUUUUAUCUAAUUGUCAAGAAGUAUUUAUCAUUAAGUAUGAGCAAAAAUCACAGAACGGAACAAACAAUUUAAUAGAAUUAACCGACGACAGUGACGAGGUAAUUUUAAAUCACCACCCAAUUGGCGGUACAAAUACUUCCUUCCCAAUUUAACACAGUAUAAAACUUUUGCUAUUGCAAUUCUGGAUAAAUGUCUGACACUGCCAGCCUUCAUAAAGUGUUUGUGUAUGGGACACUUAAAAGAGGAGAACCCAAUCAUGAAUCGUUUUCGAAAUCCGGAAGUUACUAUAAGUUUUUGUACAAUGCUAAAACAAGUGACAAAUUUCCUCUUAUAAUAGCAACGAAGUAUAAUAUUCCGUUUCUGCUCUACCGCCCAGGUGAAGGUUGCCAGGUUAAAGGAGAGGUCUAUGAAGUAGAUGACUCAGUAUUAAAAAAAUUGGAUAUACUGGAAGAUCAUCCAAACUAUUACGUCAGAGGUCUUUACGACGUUCAAAAUCUCGAUGCGGAAAGAGAAUUUACCGAAAAAGCGUGGAUCUAUGUGAUAAAAAAUUUCAAAGAGGACCUUUUGAGUCAAACUUAUUUUGAAAACUAUAGCAACUCAGGUGAUCAUGGACUAAAAUAUGUGGAAAGUGUGGUUGAUAAAAUGGGUAUUUUAAACUUAUCAAAAUUGCUGGCCGAUGUAGCUCCCCAGGCAAUUAAGGAAACAGAUAUUAAAACUUAUUUUGGUAAAUUUUGCAAUUACUUUUCUGGUGUAGUUAGUUUAUGUUUUGUUUUAGGGCGUAAAGUAGCUAUUGAUGCUUCUAUGUGUCUCUAUCAAUUCUUGAUUGCUGUUAGAACAGAAGGUAAUCAGUUAACUAAUGUAGAUGGUGAAACAACAUCACAUUUAGUGGGUACGUUUUAUCGUACAAUAAGACUAUUGGAGCAUGGGAUCAAACCUGUUUAUGUUUUUGAUGGUAAACCACCAGAACUAAAGUCUGGAGAGCUCAAUAAACGUAUGGAAAAGAGAGUGGAAGCCCAAAAGGCACUGGAUAAAGCAACUGAAGCAGGUGAUUCGGCUGAAAUGGAUAAAUUUAAUAGGAGGUUGGUUAAAGUUACAAAACAACACUCAGAAGAAGCAAAGCAACUACUUUCCCUGAUGGGGGUUCCUUAUAUUGAGGCGCCCUGUGAAGCAGAAGCUCAGUGUGCCGCUUUGGUCAAGGCUGGUAAAGUUUUUGCAACUGCCACGGAAGAUAUGGAUGCACUUACAUUUGGUUCCAAUGUUGUCUUAAGGAGAUUGACAUUCAGCGAAGCACGAAAAAUGCCUAUCCAAGAAAUUCAUCUCCAUAAGGUUUUGGAAGGAUUGGAACUGACUCAUGAGGAGUUUAUAGAUCUAUGCAUUUUAAUGGGUUGCGAUUAUACUGACAGUAUUCGAGGCAUAGGGCCCAAAAAAUCUAUAGAACUAAUAAGACAGCAUAAAUGUAUUGAACAAAUAUUGAAUCAUAUCGAUAAUGAAAAGUAUCAUCCACCAGAGAACUGGAACUAUGAAGGAGCUAGACAACUGUUUGUAGAACCUGAAAUUGCAGAUCCAGACAGAAUUGAGUUAAAAUGGAAUGAUCCAGAUGAAGAAGGUAUGGUAAAAUUCCUUUGUGGAGAUCGCCAAUUUAGUGAAGAGAGAGUACGCAAUGGAGUAAAAAAACUUAUGAAGGCUAGGGGUACAAGCACUCAGGCAAGACUAGAUGGAUUUUUCACAGUAUUAGCUUCAACUCCAGCUAAACGCAAAAUAGAAGAAAAGAAAAAGAAUACACCAAAUAAAAGGGGAAAGGGUACCGGUGUUAGUAAAACUAGAGGCAAGGGCAAAUAAAAUAUUUCUUACAUAAUUAUUGCUCUUUUUAGAUGUUUAUUUCUUUAAAAAUGAAAUUUUCAGUGCAUUUUUAUUAAUAAACCCUUUUUUAUAAAUACUUUAGCAUAUAGCACUUAUUGAAGCUCUGCUUUUGAUGUUCCUAUUUCAAUUCAUUGGUCCAUAUGACCAAAAAAUUUGGCCUAUCUUGGCCUUCUCCAAUUUCAAAUAUUUUAGGUUUUACAAGUUAUAGCAACCCUUUAUAUUAUAGCAUUUGUAUAUUAUAGAAUCAAAAGAACUGCCUGUUUUAAUAAUGUUGUGUAUUCUAAAUUUAAGCAAUAAAUAAGUAAAAACCUACCAACCACAAAUGAAAGAUCAAUUUAAUUAAGGCAAUGUAUAUUUCAUAAAAGAAACUGCCUUCUACACUGAUUUUAAAAAUAUAUAACAUGCUAGUUAUUUCUUACAUUAAGGCCAGAAUUAACCAAAAAUAAAAAUCGUCACGCCAACGCCAUGUCUAUUAUUAUGAUAGUUGUGACACUUCUUGACUAUUAUUAUACUUAAUGAAUAAAGUUUUCACUUGACGAAAAGUUAUUGUAAGUAAAAAAUGUUACAAAUAAGUCAAACGCGAAAAUAUGGAAAAACACGGGAGAUAGGCGCAUAACAUUUAUGCGCAUUUAUAUAUUUCAAAGAAACAACUUUGGAUAAAAAAACUAAGGAGUGGGUUAUAAAUUCUGAUGAACAAUAAAGAUAGACAUGGACAGAUAAAAAUAGACAUAUGUUACAAAUGAUCCACUGUUCUUUGAUAAAAUCUUAGGGACUGACUGACUUUCACCACAACAGGGGUACCCAAUAGAAUUAUAGCCUAUAUAUUACUCUUCCAGGUACUUUUUUGUGGGGAUAUUAAAAAAAAUGUAUUUUAGGCGGCAUGACAAUUUUAAUUAAUAAUAAAGAACUAUUUACGAGUGAAAUAAACAAUAUUAAUGAUUUGCAACUUGACUGGAUAAUUAAAGCUUUAGAUAAUUUAAAAAGAAAGUAUCAUAUAGCACAAUAUUCCUAAUUAUAAGAAUUAGUGCUUUAGUACAUUUGUAUUAUCUGUAUCUGCCCUGUUUGAAUUUUUGUCAUUUUUUCAUAUUCAACCACAAUAUUUCAAAUUUUUUGUCAACUGAAAACACAACAACAACAAAACAAUAAUAAUAAUUUUCAAGACAUGCCACAACUGUCAAAUUAAACAAAUUAAUGCUGGCAGAAGCAGAAAUGUCAGCUAUCUUGGAUAUUAAACUCUCUAAAUAUCAUUUAAUAAGUUUAUUACACUUGUUAAUUUUGCAAAGCAUC